AUGUCAACGAUGAACAGCAAACUUGAUCUGAGUGAAAGUGCAUCAGCACAUGCACGUGCCGAGCGGGAUGAGUUGGCGCAAACGAUAGAUGCAUGCAGUGUGACCAACAGGAUUUGGGCCAAUGAGGACGGUCUCCAUGUUGCUGCAAGACGGCUCUCGCUAAGCCGUUCCGGAAGGUAG